AUGAAGAUUUUUAAUAUCUGCUUUUAUUUAAUAAUUAUAAAAUUAUAUAUGUGUAAAAAAAAUGAAAAUUUGAUAAAUAAUGCUGAUGGUACUACACAUAUAAAUCCACAAAAACAUAAUUUAAGAAAUAGGCAUGCAGAUAACAAUCCUUCUUUAAUUCAGGUUCCUAAUGGAUCAAUAGGAAAUGGAAAUUUAGAAACUUCAUAUAAUCCUAACAAGCUCGAGAAAAGUCAGGGAUCUUCGAAUCUUGAUGAAAAUUCCAAAUUUCAAAAUUUUGUUGAAUCUACACAUGGGAAAGUUGGAUCACUUAAAACUGAAAAUCCCUCUGAAAAUCCAAGAACAAAAGUAGAUGGGGACUCAACUAACCUAUCAGAUAAAACUAUAAGUGAUUUAUCAACUAACAAUAGUGAAUCAAAAGAACAAGAAUUAUGGAGAAUUCCAGAUGGAGAAAGUGAAGAUUCAGAGGCACAUGUUAAUGAUCUUAGUGUUAUAGGUGAAUCUGAUGAUACACAAUUGGGAACAGAUCAUGGUGAAAAUGGAAUUACUAAUCCUCCAGUGCAAUCAUCAGAAGAAUCACCAUCAACAAAUGGCCCUAAUCCAGUACAAACAAUUAAAGGAAACGAUAAUGAUACUACUUUACAAAAUAAUCAAAGUCAACCAGGAUUUAGCUUUUCAUCAUUAAUAAAUUCAUUUGGAAUAUCUGAAGCAGAAUCGUUAAUUAAAUCAGGGAUAGAUUCUUUUGGAAAAGUGUCAGAUCAAAUGAUUGAUUUAAUUCCAGACAAGAAAACAAUACAAUCAGCACUAGGAGAUAAAGAUAAUACAACAACUAACAUUUCAUCAUUAGUGCAUUCAUUUCUUUCUGAUCCAUCAAAAUCACUAAUUGACUCAGGGAUAGAUACUAUAGGAAAAGUGGCAGAUCAAAUGGUAAACUUAAUUCCAGAACAUCCCAGUUCAAAAAUAGUAAAACCAUUAGAAGAUUCAGAAAAUGGAGGUGAUAUAACCCCGGAAGAUGAAGAAGAAGAACAAGAAGAAGAAGAAGAAGAACAACAAGAAGAACAAAUAAAAAGGGAAGAGCAAAAUAAAGAUGAGAAAGAGGGUGAAAAGAAAAAAGCUGAAGAAGCAGAAGAGGAAGAUGAAGAAGAAGAUGAAGAAGAAGAAGAUGAAGAAGACGAGCAAUUAAUUGAAAGAGAACCAGAAGUUAGUGAUGAUGAAAUAAUAGAAGACCAUGAUGAUGAUGAAGACGAAGAUGAGGAUAUCAUAGAUGAUGACGAAAAAAUGGAACAAACAGAAGAAGAAGAACCAACAAAAUCUAAAAUCCCAGAAAAGGAAAAUCAAGAAAAUGAACAAACAGAAGAAUUAUCAGAUCAAACAGAACAAGGUAAUUCACAAGAUAGUGUUACACAACAACAAAAUCAAAAAGAAGAAAUAAAACCUCCAACAAAUGAUAGUAGCGCUCAUAAAUUACUUAUUGAAGAUUUUAAGGAAGAUAAUAAAGUUAA